GUGGGAGCUGAGCUGGGGCGCCCGCACGUUCGGCUGGUGGGGCGCGGCCACCCUCGAUGGCCGCCUCACCGCCGAGGGCUGGAUCAUCCCAGUUACGUGGGGCCUGGGGCAUCCCGUGCAGGCGGUGUGGUGGUGCACCUACAGGGGCGUCCCCGUGUCACUCGUGGCUGGCGGCCACGUCGUGUACGACGUAUACAUCACCGCGU